AUGCCGGGCCCGCCGUCGGAUAAUCUGUUCGUGUCGGGGCUCCCGACGGACUGCACCUUGGAGCAGGUGAAGGCAGUUUUCAGCCAGUAUGGUACCGUCAAAGAAGCCAAGGUUCUCCCGGUCUCACCUGGCAAGACAACGGCGGCGGCCUUCGUGAACAUGGGCAGCGUGGCCGAAGCUACCUGGAUCCUCGAGAACGUGAGUGGCAACGUUCCGCAAAAUCUCACCAGUCCGGUGAACAUCUCCUACGCCUUGCCUAAGGCAGAGAAGGGCUUCGGUAAGGGGAAAGGCAUGAUGGACGUCAUGUCGAUGAUGAUGGGCUUUGGAGGGGAUGGCGGAGGUUGGGGCGGUGGUGGCGGCUGGGACAGCAGCGGCUGGGACAGCGGCUACGACAAGGGCAAGGGCAAGGGCUGGGAUAGUGGUGGCAAGGGCGGCAAGGGCUGGGAUAGCGGCAAGGGCUGGGAUAGCGGUGGCAAGGGCUGGGAUAGUGGCGGCAAGGGCUGGGAUAGCGGCAGCAAGGGCUGGGAUAGUGGCGGCAAGGGCUGGGACAGCAGCGGCGGCAAGGGCUGGGACAGUGGCGGCUGGGGCAAGGCAGGAGGAAAAGGUAAGGUUGCUCCUGAUCCAAUCGCUGCGGUAGCCAAAUUUGCUCAGGAAUCCUGGGAGAAGAAGGGCGGCAAGGGCAAGGAUGCCACGACUACGAGCGGAAGCCCUUGGACGGUCACGAAGGUCGGUAGUGGCAAAGGUGUCAUGGACGUUUGUGCUCACGGAACCAGAUGCGUUUCCUACCAAUCAGCAUCCGCUGCGCGGAUGAGGGGUGUGUCUGUGCUGGACGCGAGAGCCAGCCGGCGGGAGCAUUUGGAGCGGUUCGCUUGCAUUUACCCAAUGCAACUGGGCAAGUAA